AUGGCUAAUCAGUUUAUUGAAUAUACAUCUUAAGAAUUUUUGCAAUUGCAUUCUUACCUUUUAAAUACCAAUAACAACACCCUUGAAUUAGAGAAAACAGUAAUUUUUCAUAGAUUAUUUCCAGUUCAAGGAAAUAGAAAGAGCUUGCACUACAUUUUCAACAUCUUUAAAAAAAAUAGCAGAACGUCUUCAUGAAUUUGUGAGCAAAGGUACAGGUGAUGAUGACAAUAUCGAAUGUGUUUACUAGUAUUUGAGCAACUUUUUACUUUAAAAUUCUUAAUAGUGGCAAUAAACAAGUGAAAAUCUAAGAAGUGAAGUUUAAUUAUUUUAUUAUUCAUGCCUUAGGUUCUUGAACCAUAUCAACUAAUCAUGAGCAAUUAUAGAAAUAUAAACUUAAAAUUAUCUUAAGAAAUGAAAGAAUAUAUUGGAAAUAUCUAAUCAUUAAAUAAAUAAAUAUCUGAGUAGCAAGAGGAAUAUAUACGUUUAAUGCAAAAUGCAGAUAAAAGUUAAUUAAUUAUGGAAAGAACAGUUGGAGAAAUUGCUAAGGGAAACAAAGGCAAAGAUGAGUUAGUGAGAGCAUCAGAAAGAUAAAUUAAAUUAAAAGAAAUUGCUAUAGAAGCUUAGGAAGAUUAUAAAAAAAUUAUAGAGAAAGGAAAUAAGAAACUUUCAGAUUUUGAUGUAAAAAUUAAAGAUUGGUAUUAAUAAGUAUUUUUAAAUGAUGAAAACAGGUAAAAAUGUAUCAUUUAAAUUAGAAUCAAGUUUUCUAAAUAAAUUAUGUUAUCAUUAAUGAAAAAGUUAACAAAUGAGACUGUCUAUUCUAUAUACUAAGAUAAACUUAAUUAAUUAGAGUUGAGAGUGAUUCAAAAAUAACCUUCGGAUCUAUAACACUAGAUUUAAAGAUUGUUAAAAAAAAGUGGAAGUAAAUCUUAUACUUAUUGAAGCUGAAACAGUUUAAUUCUCAUUAUUUGAUUAAAUUAAUUAUGAUUAAAUUAAGAGAGGAGAAUAGAAGAAAAAUAUGUAAUAUGUUGGAAGUGAAUGGACUUUAAUAGGAGAAUAACUAACUGAAGAAUAAGCUACAAAAAUUCUGUAAUUUAUUAAUGAACUUAUGGAAAAUCAAGAGACUUCAGAUGACAGUACCAAUAAUUCUAGAAAUAGAUCGUAUUCAACAUCUUCAACAAAAUCAAAUUAAUUUUUGUCACAUGAAUAUCUAGGAGUUAAAUAAUUAAUGUCAAAAUAAUCAGCUAGAUAAUUCUUAAACAAUUUAUUAUCAAAGGAGAUUGAAAAGAGAAAAGUCAAAUAAUUAAAUUUAUCAGAAGAUUCUUUUAAUGAAGUUAGUGCUAUAUUUAAACAUGUAUUCUUAAUUUUAGAUGCAGAAUUUGAUGUAGAAGAGUUCUAUAUCUUUUUAUAAUUAUCAUAUAAAAUUGUAAAAGGAGAGAAUUCUCAUCUUAUAUCAAGCUUUACUAAAUUAGAUAUUUGGUAAAAUAAAUAGAAAUGGAAAUCCUUAUAUGAACAUAUUAAAUCAACUAAAUUUUAAUAAAAACAUAUUAUAGAUCAAUAAUUUAAUAUAGUUAAAAAAGGAUAUGGGUUGAUUAGUAAGGGAUUAAAGAAAAUUACUGGGGUUGUUUAAGGUUAAUAAUAUUCAGAAAAAGAAAAAUAUUAAUAAUAAAAAUACAGUGUAUUACAUGAGAUUGCCACAUUCCUAAGUGAAUUAAAUGUCUCUCCUUAACUAGGAACAGAUGUAAUAUUAGAACUUGCAUUUCAUUCUGAUAUUAAAUUAGAAAAGGUGUAAUUAGAAAAACUAUUAUAAAUAUUAGAAGAAAAAAAUGCUAUUACAUUUAAUUAAAAAUAUUCUUCAGGUUUGGGUAUUAAAUAACGUAAGGAAGAUAAACAUAAAAGAAAUGGAUUAAAUAAUCCUUAAUUAAGAUUGAUUUAUUCAAUCAGAUUAUCUAUUAAAUAUUUGUCAUAUAAAGAUAAACCCUAUUAAUUAUUACUAGUAUCAAAAGCCUUUAAAUUUCAUUUAAGAUUUGCUAUAGAGAAAUAUUACAUUAUUCAUAAUAGUCUACCAUAUAUGGAACAAACUCAAUAUUAUAGAGCAUAAAAUUUGAAGGUUUACCUCAGAAUUGAUCAAAAUCAUAUGGAUUAUGCUAUAAAAAAAUCUGAAGCUUAAUAGGAAAUAUAAUAAUAUGAAGAAAUUAUUACUAUGGAUGUUUAAAGAUCUUUACAAUUACAUUUUGAUAGGGUUCCUUCAAGUAAACUACAAUCAUUCCUCAGAACAUAUGCAUUUCAUAAUAAAGAAGUUGGAUAUUGUUAAGGAAUGAAUUAUAUUGUUGGAUAUUUGUAUUUAACAUUUGAAGAUGAGGAAGUAACAUACAUAGUGUUUGAUUAUAUUAUGAGAAAUUAUUUUUCUUAAUAUUUUGAAAAUGAAUUUGAAAUGCUGGUAUUAAUAUUAUAUUUAUGAAUUAGAAAAAAGUAUUUUACCAAUAUGAGAGAUUGCUGUUUUUAUUUUUACCUAAUUUAUAUCAACACUUUAAAAAAGUAAAUUUAAUUAAUUAUGAAAGUAAAAAGUUGAUGCAUCUUACUAUUUAACUGCUUGGUUUAUCACUGUAUUCACUUAAGUAUAUUAAUUUACCUUACAGUCAGCAUUAUUGAAUAUUAUAUGGGAUAUAUUCAUUAUUCAAUAAUGGAAAGGUAAAUAUUAAAAUAAUAAAUUUUAGGAUUUUAUAAAUGUGUUUUAUUUUUAUUAUAUUUUUACUAAAAAGAAUUAUUACAAUUAGAAUUUGAUUAAAUUCUUCAUUUUUUGAGUGAAAUUAUAAAAAAUGAAUUAUUUAGUCUUAAAACAGAAUAUUAAGUUUAAGAAUACAUUUGUACAAAGUUAAAAAUUCCAUCAAAACCUCUAAAAGGAAUAAUCGUUAAUUAAUUCCAUGUUACGAAUAGUCUCUUAUAAUAAUUGGAAUAGGAGUUUAAUUGCUUUUCAACAAACUUUGAUUCAUAAUUAAAAUAGUUCAAAUACAAAUGA